AUGGCGGCUGAAGAAUUUGCUUUUGAUCAACAGUCUAACGUGAAAACAGAAACAACAUCUAAUGAAUUGACUACAUUUAAAUCUUUGGGUAUUGUUGAUGUUCUCUGUGAAACCUGUAAACAAUUGGAAUGGACUCAACCAACCAAAAUUCAGAAAGAAGCAAUUCCUGUUGCAUUAGCAGGCAAUGAUAUAAUUGGAUUAGCAGAAACAGGUUCUGGAAAAACUGGGGCUUUUGCAAUUCCUAUACUCCAAGCCCUAUUGGAAAAUCCACAACGUCUGUUCUGUCUUGUGUUAACUCCUACCCGAGAACUGGCUUACCAAAUAUCUGAACAAUUUGAAGCAUUGGGUGCAUCUAUCAGUAUAAAAUGUGCUGUCAUUGUUGGUGGUGUUGAUAUGAUGACACAAUCUUUGAUGUUAGCAAAAAAACCUCACAUUGUGAUUGCAACACCUGGUCGGUUAGUUGAUCAUUUAGAAAAUACUAAGGGUUUCAAUAUGAGAUCUUUAAAAUGUCUGGUAAUGGAUGAAGCGGACCGAAUUUUGAACAUGGAUUUUGAAACUGAGAUUGACAAAAUAUUGAAAGUUAUUCCCCGGGAAAGGAAAACCUAUCUUUAUUCUGCCACAAUGACCAAAAAGGUUGCUAAAUUACAACGAGCUGCUUUAAAAAAUCCUAUUCGUAUUGAAGUCUCUACCAAAUACACAACAGUUGACAAAUUGCAGCAAUAUUAUUUGUUUAUUCCAGCAAAAUUCAAGGAUGUUUAUUUAACGUAUAUCUUGAAUGAACUUACUGGAAAAUCUUGUAUCAUUUUCUGUGGCACAUGUGCUAAUACACAACGUAUUACAUUGAUGUUGCGAAAUCUUGGUAUGAAUGCUAUUCCUCUUCAUGGACAACUUUCACAGGCAAAGAGACUUGCAUCACUCCACAAAUUUCGAAGUAAAAGUAAUUCUAUAUUACUAGCUACUGAUGUUGCUAGCAGAGGUUUGGAUAUUCCUCAUGUUGAUGUGGUAAUUAACUUCGAUAUCCCAAUGCGUUCCAAAGAUUACAUUCAUCGUGUUGGAAGAACAGCUCGAGCUGGACGAGCAGGAAAAGCUAUCACAUUUGUUACACAGUAUGAUGUUGAGUUGUUUCAAAGGAUUGAACAACUUAUAGAAAAGAAACUUCCUUUGUAUAAAACUGAGGAGGAGGAAGUGAUGGUAUUGACUGAGCGUGUUGCAGAAGCACAAAGAUAUGCUAAAAUUGAACUCAGUGAUUCCAAACUGGGCAAGAAAAAGCGGUCUAAUGACCAGGACACUGAAGAAUCUCUUGGAAGUAAAUAUUCUUUUUUAAAAGCGAGUGUUUUAUUCCAGAGAAUGAAAGUAAAAGAAAUAGAACGUACUGCCAAUGUGGCAUGGUCUCCUGCCAGUCAAUAUCCUGUUUAUUUAGUUGCUGGAACUGCUGCCCAACAGUUAGAUGCUACGUUUAGUACAUCAGCCGCCCUUGAAGUAUAUAGUCUCAAUUUGGCUGAUAAUGGACUGGGUAUGCCACUAGUUGGAUCCUUACCUUCUCCUCAUAGGUUCUAUAAAGUUCUUUGGGGAUGCCAUGGAAUUUCUACUGGUGAAAAUCCAUCAGGUGUUAUCAUUGCUGGCUCUGAAAAUGGUAGCGUUUUAGGAUACAAUGCAGCUGCACUUAUUGGUGGAAAUGAAGAAGGUCCCACUUUCAGACAAGACAAACAUUCUGGAGCUGUGAAAGCAUUAGACUUCAAUCCUUUCCAGGCAAAUUUAUUAGCGUCUGGUGCAUGUGAUUCAGAAAUCUAUAUCUGGGAUUUAAAUAAACCAGAUACACCAAUGUCUCCAGGCUCAAAAUCAAUGCCUCCAGAGGAAGUAACAUGUAUAUCAUGGAACUGCCAAGUACAACAUAUUCUAGCAUCUACAUUCUCAGCUAGAUGUGUUGUAUGGGAUUUAAGAAAAAAUGAACCUAUUAUCAAAGUUAGUGACAGUAUGUCUGGGAUCAAAAGUCAUUUAAUAAGUUGGAAUCCAGAAAUAGCUACACAACUUUGUUUGUCAUCAGAAGAUGAUCAUUCUCCAGUCAUUCAGUUAUGGGACCUUCGUUAUGCCACAUCACCUCUGCGGGUUUUUGAAAAACACCAAAGAGGAAUUUUAAGUCUUGCAUGGUGUCCACAAGAUCCAGAUUUGUUGUUAAGUUGUGGCAAAGACAACAAAAUUCUUUGUUGGAAUCCUAAUACUACUGUACAAGGAGGAGAAGUUGUUUGUGAAAUUGAAACAAGUAACCAGUGGAGUUUUGAUGUUCAGUGGUGUCCUCGAAAUCCUGGAAUCAUUUCAAGUGCAUCAUUUGAUGGUCAUGUCACUAUUCAUUCACUCAUGAGUGGAGAAAGUCCUAGUCCAUCAACAAAUAAGAUUGCCGAAUCUUUUAACACUGAUCCUUUUGGUAAUGCUCAUCCUGUUACUCGUGAUGCAUCCACUAUAAUUCCUUUACAGAAGCCACCAAAAUGGUUACGCAAACCUGUUGGAGCUAAUUUUGCAUUUGGAGGAAAAUUGGUAAGUUUUGACUAUACACUUCCAAGCAAUACUCCAAACCAGGGUCCAGCAGCUGGAGUUCAACCCCAGUCACGUCAGGUUCAUAUUAGCCAAGUCAUCACUGAAACAGAUAUUUUGGCUCGGUCAAGUCAGUUAGAGGAAGCACUCAAAAGUAAUCAACUAUUGGAGUUUUGUACCAUGAAAGCUGAAAACAGUUCAAAUUCGAUGGAACAGAAUGUGUGGAAUUUCCUCAAGACAAAUUUUGAGAAUGAGCCCCGACCUAAGUUUCUGCAGUUGCUUGGUUAUGACAAAAAUGAAUUAUCUCAGAAGGUAGUAACUCAUAUUAAUACUAAAACUGGUGCUAUUGGUGUUUCUGGAGAUGGACAAAGACCAGAUCCAGUUAUUCAGACUGGAUUAGGGACUGUUCCAGAUGAAAAAGGAGUUGUAGCUGAUGAACAAGGAAUUACUAAUGAAUUUGGAUUUGAUGGUCAGACUGGUGGACUAGAAACAAGGAUAGAAGCGCAUGGAGUAAAUGCAGCUGAACUUGCUGAAAAAAUGUCUCUCUUGAAUACAACAGAUGCUGUGAUUAGUGACACUUUACCUAGCAGUGGUCAGGGUUCGCCCAGUGUUGACUCUAAGACCUCCAACAGCAUUGGGGAACCUUCUGAAGCUUCAUCUAUGUUUGAGGAUAUUGCUCUACAGCAACGAAACCUGUCAGGGUCACAGUCACCACUAAUUAUACCUACAAACUCAGGUCAGUCAGGUACAUCUGGCACACAAUCACCACUUGUAGUUCCUGCACAAAGUGGUAGAUCAGGCACACAAUCCCCACUUGUCUCUACACAGUUUGAUGCAUCUGCUACACCUCUUGCUAUACCUACUAAAGCAGGAGCUGAAGGUUUGUUGGGUCAAGCUCUAUUGACUGGAAACUUUGAGGCAGCUGUAGAGAUGUGUAUCCAUGAAAACAAAAUGGCAGAAGCAAUCCUGUUAGCUGUUGCAGGAGGGCCAGAAUUACUUUGCCGCACACAGGAAAAAUAUUUUAGUUGUAACAAAAGUUCACUAAGUCGAUUAAUAUCAUCCAUUGUGACUCGGGAUUGGAACCACAUUAUUCAAACUUGUGAUUUACAAAACUGGAAAGAAGCUCUGGCAGUCAUUAUCACUUAUGCUUCUCCUGAAGAAUUUGCUAUCCUUUGUGAUUCUCUUGGUGCUCGUCUUGAAGUUGAUAAAGGUGGAGAAUAUUCUAUGUAUGCAAGUCUCUGUUACAUUUGUUCUGGAAAUGUACAAAAAUUUGUUGAGAACUGGCAAACCAAUUCUCAAUCCACUGAAUCACCUUUGGCCCUUCAGGAUCUUGUAGAAAAAGUAAUGAUGCUUCGAAAGGCUGUUGAACUGUCCCAAGGAGAGGUUGGUGAAAUUCAGCAGGGUUUGGUCGCAGGCAAACUCAGUACAUAUGCAUCAAUUCUGGCUGCUCAAGGAUGUUUGGAUACAGCAAUGAACUACUUAGGAUCAUCUACUGAAAAAUCCUUGAGUAUUUUGCGGGAUCGAUUGUAUCAAGCCUUAGGUAGCAACUUGAUUGGUAUUGAUGCUCCACCAUUUCCAUUUGAGAAAAUCGACAUUCUUCCUGAGGGUGUUCAACCAGCCCAAUCAGCUCAACAAACUCAGCCACUGCAAUCUUCUUAUCCUACUCAGCAGAUACCUGCUGCUCAACCUGCCUAUGCUCAGCCUCAACAGUAUCCAUCUAAACAAUUGUAUCAGCCAGCUUCAAAACAAAGACAAACCUUGCAAAAACAGCAGGAAGAACAAAUUCAUCAGCAAAAUGUUCAUCAGACUCAAGCAAUCAGCCAAUUCCGUACAAACACAACACCCAGUUCUUACUUUGGCCUGAAUCAGUACCCAAACACUAAUGGCCCUCCUUCAGCUCCUCCCUCCACUGGCAAUAUACCUCAGACCCCAGCCUAUCCAACUCAUAUGAGUUCAAUGAUGGCUCCACCAUCAGGAGCACCAAUGUCAAAAGGUCCUUUAGCACAUAAAUACCCUGCUCAAGCUGAUCCUGCAGUAACAGGUUAUGGAAUGGAUACUUACAAUCAGCCUAAUGUUAUGACUCCUGACUAUUCCAAUACUUACCAACAGCAGCCUUAUUAUGGUGGUACUUAUCCUUCUCAAGGCAUUUACCAACCACAACCCACUCCAGUACAGUCACAACAAACUAAUGCGUUUAACUCCAUGUCUACACCUGGUGCUCCACAACCAGCAGCUGUGAUGGCUGUUGGCUCUCUUGCGCCCUCAUUCCAAGAAACGAAGCCUCAUACACCAUGGAAUGACCCCCCAUUAUUAAAAGAUAAAUCUACUUCUCAACAGCAGACAGGCUGGAAUGAUCCCCCUUUGGUAGAUCCAAAAUCUCAUCAGUCUUAUGAUGUCACAGGCCCAAUUACUGCUCCAAUCUAUGGUGUACCAGUUAAUAAUGAGCAGCCACCACCUGGUGCACCAGUUAAUAACUAUCCUACUAUCUAUAACCCACAGGAACAUCAGGCACCAGUACAGCCACAAACUCCUGUUCAACCUGCUGAACCUGUGCCUGAGGUGGUGAAAGGACCUCUACCAAAUGAACAUCAAGUCUUGCAAGAUACCUUUGAUGGUCUUGUUGAUAACUGUUUAAAAGCUGCUAAUAAUGCGCAAACAAAGAGAAAACUAGAAGAUGUAACAAGGAAACUUGAGGCUUUGUAUGAUAAACUUAGAGACAAUAGUUUAUCACAAAACAUCCUACUUGGUCUCCAUCAAAUUGUCCAAGCCUUACAAAAAUGUGACUAUAAUGAAGGACUUCAAAUUUAUGCCCACAUAAUCGGUCAAGGCAAUUUUUCAGAAAUUGGUAGUUUUAUGCCAGGUCUUAAAAUGCUCAUGCAGACUGCCAAUAAUCUCAAAGUCUAUAUUCAGUAA